AUGCAAUUCCUGCGCUUCAUUGCUACCACUGUAACAUUCGUUAUCGUGGAGGAAAGCAUAGAAUUCAUCCUUGAACAAAGCUUUCAGAUGUCUAUAGGUUACAAGAAUUUCAUGGCAGAGCUUGACACGGAUCAAGCUCGAUAUGUGAGCACUGUUCUAGCGGGCUUUUACUUCUUGUCGAAAGCCGUCAAGCUGUUUCUUUGGGUCCCGGCUACUGUUGCGGCUGUACAGGCUGUUCCAAAGGUUGACGCUCAAGGGCCCGGCGAAUCCACGCAGAGAUUCUGCGCUGAUAUGAUGACUUGCUUGAGAAGCAUUCCUUUGGCGCUAUGGGGGAGAUUCGGUAUCUAUUAUUGUGUUGCAGCUGUUAUUGAUGCAUUAUCGAGAGUUAUUGAUACUACUUUCCAGAUUGAAAUUGUUCGCGGAGGACUUGAAGACAGCAUCUGA